CAAGCCCGCGAAAGUCGGAUACUUUGUUGCGCCGACGCAAGGCUGAGCAGCAAGCCGGGCUCGGAACGUUCCAUCGGGAGAAGAAGCGGCCGCGUGGACGCAAUGGCGCAGCUCCGGGUCACCGAUUUUUUCGCGCAGAACAAGAAGGGCCCUGCGGCGGGCAGCUUGAGCGCCAAGCGCCGGAAAGUACAAGCUGAUGGAGCCCCCGAGCCCCUGGAGGCCGGCAGGCCCGAGAAGCAGCAGCAGCAGCAGCAGCAGGAGGAGGAAGAGACGUGGCUGGGCCUCUUGGAGCCUCCUCGCACCCCGCUCGGCUCCAGCUGCCCGCCGCCUUCGCUGACCAGCAGCAGCAGGAAAAGGCGCAGGCCGGAGCCCGAGGCGGAGCUCACGCCGGUCUCUGCCCAAGGCCGCCGCCGCCGCCUUGAUGCGAAGGGCACCGCCCGGAGGACGCUGGUGAUGCCUGCGGAGGAAAAAGGGGAGGCGGUCCCAGGCUUUGCUUCCCCCACAGCCCUUGGGCUACCCAGCCCCUCCAGUCUGGAUAAAAAGGCAAAGGAUUUGGCCAAUGUGACUCUUUCACCAGGUCUGCAGCUGGAGGCCACAGUGCAGCCUGGCGUAGUGCCGGUAAAGAAGGAGAUGAUGUCUAAGGAGAAGUUGGCGGAGCUGAGCUGUCGUCUGGCGAAGAUCCGUGCCCUGGCACAGAAAGUCACCUUGCCAGCCAGCUCCUCAGAGGCUGACAGUGACAUAAAGAGCAGAUUAAAACGGGCUCGGCUGCUGGAAUCCAAAAUCAGCAAGCGGAAAGAGGCUGAGAAGGAGAAAGUGAGGAACCUCCCUCAACUCCAGCUGAGCGAAAGCAAUCCUGAGCCAACAGCAGAGACCAGUGCGAAGGCUCCAGCUUUCCAGCGCUUCCACAACCUUGCCCAGGACGUCCCCCCGGGACUCGCGCUGCCUUACAAGUACAAGGUGCUGGCCGAGAUGUUCCGCAGCAUGGACACCAUUGUGGGGAUGCUCUUCAACCGCUCGGAGACGGUGACCUUUGCCAAGGUCAAGCAAGGCAUCCAGGACAUGAUGCGCAGGCAAUUUGAAGAACGGAACCUGGGUCAGAUCAAAGCUGUGUAUCCGGCUUCGUACAUCAUGCGCCAGGAGAAGAACAUUCCCACCUUUGGUACCCCCGGCCAGAGGAGAGGAGACUACCAGCUGACGAUCGAACCCGUGCUAGAGGCAGGAGAGAAGCUGUCGGCAUCACACCUGAUGGAACGUCGGAAAAUAUUUGGCAGGAGCUUGAUUAACAUCGUAAAGGGGCACCACAAGGCUUUCUUGGCGUCUCUCAACCCUCCAAUGGUGGUGCCGGAAGACAAACUGACAAGGUGGCAUCCCCGGUUCAAUGUUGACGAAGUGCCCGACAUCGUCCCUGCGGAGGUGCCUCAGCCCCCGCAGGUGGACAAAAUCACGACUGCUCAAGAGGUUCUGGCCAAGGCUCGCAGCCUGAUGACUCCCAAGAUGGAGAAGGCAUUGGCCAAUCUGGCUCUGAGGACUGCCGAAACCAGCCCCACUGUGCCAGAGUCCCCUCGGCCACCCCCGCCAGCUCCGGCUGGCACCCCCAGCAGCCUGAAAGGGGUGUCACAGUCCUUGUUGGAGAGGGUCAGAGCCAAGGAAGUUCAAAAGCUGCAGGCGCUGAUGGUGCGGAACCCGCAGCAGGAGCGGCGCCUGGACAUGCUGUCACACCUGCCGGAGAUGGCGCGGGUCCUGCGCAACGUCUUUGUGGCGGAGAAGAAGCAGGCGCUGCCCAUGGAGUUGGCGUGCCAGCGGAUGAUGGCCAGCUACCGGUCCCUCAUGACGUUUGGAGAGACAGAAAAGCACCUUCGUCUCCUCUCAGAGCUGCUGCCUGACUGGGUGAGCAUUCUCCCCAUCCGGCAAGAAACGUACAUCAAGCUGGACAAAAGCGUGGACCUCAACAUUGUCACGGAGAGACUGGCCGCAAGGGCAAAGGAAGAGGAAAAGCUCUAAUCUAUGCUGCAGGAUGUGGGGAGAUCAUGCCUUAGGCUCAGCGGAAUCAAUGUGUGCCCGUUGGCACAAUCUCUCUUGGGAAAGGACCCCGAAGGCCAGAGACGUGUGUGUCGUUUUCUCUCCUUGCAGCUGAUGCAUGAAUGUGAGCAAAAUGUGAAUAUUGUGGCCUUUUCAGAAUUAAGAGGAUAUGGCAGCUCUCCUUCCUUCCUUCUAAAUGCCACCCUGGUGCCUGUGUAGCUGUUAUGCUUCUGUAAGGCCACAAGAGGGCAGCACAUACAAACAAGGAAAUUCAGUUUGAUUGGGGUAUCACAGCCAAGUACCAAACUUUCCACCUUCAUGCAUUUAAAAAGUUCUUUGUCAGCACUGCUUUCCCACUUGCCGGAUUAGCUGAUCAGGCAUAGAGAAUGACGCUGCAGGACCACAAAGCCAUUAUUCCUUUCAUGACUAGCAUUUCCAUUCCCUGAUCUGGCAGGAACAGGUGGGAGCUACCUUUUCCACAAAGGGAGUUUCAUUUCCUCCAAAACUUGGCAGAUAGAGGACAUAAAAAGUACUUAAAAUAAAAAUUGGUUGUGAAACAUAACUCAUAUAUGAACCUUAGUUUAAGGAGGAGCUUAAAACAAGUGAUUUUUAACUGACCAAGCCAUUUAGUUGACAUUUUUGUCUCUUAGCUUCAGUAAAAGGGGAUUGACCCAAGAGCAGCAUGCGGUGGUGGUGGAUUUCUGCAACUUCGCUUGAGCCUAAGGUCACAGGUCCACCAUACAUUUGACGUACUAGACUUGCCCCAAAGAAUGCUGGGAACUGUAGUUUGUUACGGGUGCAGGGGUUCUAGCUGAGUAGAAAACUACAGUUCCCAGGAUCUUCCGGGGGGGGUGUCAUGUGCUUGUAAUGUAUGGUGUGGUUGUGACUUGACUUUGCAUGCCCUAGAGCAGGCAUCCCCAAACUUUGGCCCUCCUGAUGUUUUGGACUACAAUUCCCAUCUUCCCCAACCGCUGGUCCUGUUAGCUAGGGAUCAUGGGAGUUGUAGGCCAAACAUCUGGAGGGCCGCAGUUUGGGGAUGCCUGCCCUAGAGCACCCUGUCUCAACUUUUCCCCAGAUGUUGGACUUACAGCUCCUGGCUGGUUAAGGAUUAUGGGACUUGUAGUCCAGCCACCUGGGGCCCCGAGGUUGGGAAAAGCUGGCCCAGCCCAUUGUAUGGCUCUACAAUCUCACAUAUGGAACCAGGGAAUCUAGCUGCCAGUAAAGGGACUUCCUUGUGGCUGCAUGUGACCUCAUCUUUUCCACUUCCCUUUUUUGGGGGGGGGGCUCUUCCCUUUAGCAGAUGCUGAGACAGCUGCUGUGCAAACUACUGUUGUGACUUAUUUCCCUAUUGAAUUAACUAUCGUUCACCCUGUUAGGCAAUCCAUUGAGGUCCCUGGCCCGCAUCUGCCUCUUAGCACUGAGUUUUGCAGCAGCACUAGAGCUAUUCUGUACUGACUCCAAAACCAUCAGUGGCAGCACUGGAUUAUCUGUUCUGUGGCCACAGGAAGCAGAAUAAAUCCCCUAUUCACAAAUACCUUAAAUGACUCUGCUUGUGGAACUUUUGUCACUUGCAAGCUUAAGGGGUAGCUAAUUUGAGGCCCUCGAGCCACUGUCGCUGAACUACCGACUCCUAUCACCCCUGAACACCAGCCGUGCUAACUGAGGCUGAUGGGAGCUGGGGUUCAGUAACAGCUGAGGAACCCCAGUAGCUACUACUGCCUUUUACUGAAAUGAUCUUGAUGCCGUUUUUAGUAGUUAGGGCAACCUUGCAAUAACAUUUUAGAAAUCGGCAUGAAAACAAAGAGAAAGCGGGAUGCAACAAAACCAAACGACCCCAAACCCACAGCAAACAGAAGAAUCCACACCAGAAAAGGGGCGUGGGUGAGUCUGCACAAUAUAUUUUGAUGGCAAAACUGGAGACCCAGCUAGAAAAAAAUGGCAUUGUUGUUAAUUAUGCAAAUAAAACUUCUCAUUCUUUUCGGAGUUGGGUUUGGUUUUUUGUUAAGGUGCUGGCAUGAGAGAAGUUCUAGGGUGAUUAGAGUAUAAUUUUUAACUUUAAAGUAAACAUAAGCAGAGGCAUUUUGUAUACUUCUCAAUGCUGAUAACAUAAAUGAUUUGG